GAACCUCAUCCUCAAUGCCACUGGGGUGGCGGCAAUCCUCUGGUGGAGCGUGGCCAGCUUCCGGCUUCACAACCUCCAUGGACCCUCCGGUAUCAAUUCCGAAGACGUCAUGGAGGUGGAAGCACCGCGGGUCGGCAAGGGUGGCAAGGGCCAGCCGAAAGUUCGCGGAGCAAAAGCACCUCACCAAGACCCAGCCGAAGGCAGCAAAGUACUGCCAAAAGAUGAUGCCCCUUCAGCGCCAGCGCCCGUUGCGGUCACCUUGCCCAAAGGCGACAUUCGCUGGGGGAACGAGGAGACUUGGCACCUUAUCCCUGCAAAACCUGGCAGUGACAUGAACACCGUAACGUGCAGCAUCCAGCACUUGCCAGACAACGUUCCAGGAGACGAUGGUAAGCAUUGCCAGUGCUUGGUCACCCCAGGGUCCGACUUCCACCGGGCGAUGAACCCAAUGCUGAUGGAUGAGGCGGACGCAAACUCGCUUGGAGCAGAGCUUGCCGCCUCGUGCCAGCUUUUCUUCGAUGCGCGGAAGCAUGGGGCGGCCGAUGCAGCUCAGUGGCUGGCCACAGAAGGUCUUUGCUCCGAGGCCUGGGAGGAGAAGGCCCUUCUCAAUCGAAGCUUCAAGGCCGGAUCGCGGCAGAUAAACGUGGAGACACGCCAGCAACUUCUGCGUGCCAGAGUCGACGUCCGGUUCAAGACGAACUGGGCUCGUCUUCGAGAUACAGAUGGCUGGUACAGGAAAGCAUGGGUGAGCUACGUUGGAGGGCCUCCAACUUCACAGUUCGUGAAAAUGGCCGAGGAGCUCAUCAAAUCUGUUCACUAUUUCUCGGAACAUCCCAUCCUGAUGUUCAACUUUGGCCUUUUCACUCCAAAGACCUGGUCGGAAGAGCGAUUUCCACAGCUGGUCAUACUUCAUGCUGCUCCGUUGCCAAAUGAACCCCGCAUCAGGAGGAGCUUCAACUUCAACAAGCUCAGAGCCAUUUUGAUGUCACGAGCCCUUAACGCCGUUGAGGUGGAUGUUGACCAGUUCGUCGCACCAGGAGCUGACGUGCUAUUCAGCCUGACGAGCAAAUGGGUCAACAAGGAGUACUCCUUCCCCCUGAUGCCUGCGCACUUCCUUGAUUGGAGCAUCAAGGACCAGCCAGCCGCACCGUGGUGGCCGAGGUAUUGUCCAGACCCAGAGAAGCCCUGCCCAAUGCAGACAAUGCGAUGGUGUCAUGCCCAUCCUACGUGGACACACUGGGCAUUGCCUUUCUUCGGCAGAUGGGUCCGAAGGCACUUUCGCGAUGAGCGCUUGCCGAACGUGACAGUGAAAGGCUUCCAUGCGCCUGGGCUCAAGGUUGGUGACAUCAAUGAGGAUGAGGACCUUCUGAACGUUGGCUUGUGGGAGGAGCGGGCAACAAAGCAGUGGUGCAAGAUGGACGUGCCUGCGACCGUCGAGUUCGAUUCAUUGCUGUCGUGGACACCCGCUCACGGCCAUCGCUGCACGAACGGCAUCGGAUGCACCAACAUCGGAGGAGACAACCGCUGGUACAAGAAGGGCGUGCCGAAAGUGUACUGGACCGCUCACCAUGCCAUCGAUCCAGAGCAGACAGCCACAUACCUGGAGCGGAUCCGCAAACACCACAAGGAAGGGAAGUGGCCCGCGGCCAUCGUCUACGAGGAGCGUUUCUGGAAAUCUGGAGACGAGCUGAAGAAGGAACACCCUGGACUUGCCUGUCUGACUUGA